UUUACAUUUUCAAUGUGAGAAGAGCUUGAAGGUUUAACAGUUAAAUCGCAAAUCUCUGAAGUAGUAUACACCGAUACAACAAUGGAGGAAGCGACCGCCAUAGAUUUCUCAUCACUCACUGACGCAAUUGCUGCAAAAUCUUACGACAAAAUCGCUGAUGUCUGCGACAAUUUGAUGCUUCAGGUCUCCGCUGAAGGCAUUACCUAUGAGAACGAUUGGCCGUACGCAAUUCACCUACUAGGGCACAUAUAUGCCGGUGACAUUAAUAGCGCGAGGUUUCUUUGGAAAUCUAUGCCGUUAGCUAUAAAAGAGAAUCAGCCUGAAGUUGUUGCAGUUUGGAAGAUUGGUCAAAAGCUUUGGACACGGGAAUAUGCUGCUGUUUAUGAAGCUCUUCGUUCUUUCAAUUGGACUCCACAAAUUCAACCCCUUGUUGCUGCCUUUUCAGAAAAUUAUACCAAGAAGAUGUUUCAUCUACUGGUUGCUGCUUACUCAACCAUUAGUGUUCAGGAUACAGCACUGUUUUUGGGAAUGAGUGAAGAAGAUGUGACAAAGUAUGUUUUGCUGAAUGGUUGGAGUUUGGACUCGGCUGCUGGAAUGUUCACUGUGAAGAAACAAUCUAUUGUAGCAGAACAGAAAUUGGAUCCUAGUAAAUUGCAGCGCCUGACAGAAUACGUGUUCCACCUUGAACAUUAGCUGAUGAUCCUCCCCCAAGAAAGAAAAAGAUACUCCUUGAUACAAUCGACGAUUCUUCUAUUGUAGCCUGUCGCCCUGUCGGCAACUUCUUGGUAACCUCCCUGUUGAUUGCGGUGUUAAUUGGUACUUGGUCUUUAUUCUUCUAUAUAUUUCUUUCUUCUGUUACUUGAAUUUGCUUAAAUAGAGGUAGAAGAUUGUAAGAAGCUUUGAAAAGAAGAUGAUGUACUGUAAAUGUCCUAGCCUGUUUUACACAGUGCAGCUGAUCUCGAGUCCUACUAAAAGAGUAAUUCAGUAAAAAUGAAAAUGGGAAUAUGGAAUAGGAAAAAAAUAGGAAGAGUAUACAUCAUUAUCCAUUGAACAUUUUAUUUGUAGAAUAGAAGUGGCCUACUAUAUAUAGAAGUUCCCUAGUAUUUACUGUUCGUGCUAGGUGUUGGGGGCAAUUUUUGAGUUACAGUUAUUUUAGUAUGGUUUAGGGUUUAUUGAGUUAAUUUGUAUGGAUUUAUUCUCUUGUGGUCCAUGAUGUGAGAGACCCAAAUUGUUGAAGCCUUAGAAGCUUAACAAGUAGGGUGAAGUAAUCUAAUCCUAGAUAGUGAAUUUCACUUUGUUUCAAGAUUUAACUAUGGCCAAUGAUGUUCAGUGUAACAAAAUGAAAAAAACAAAGACUUGUAUUACAAGAAAUUGAAUUGUAAUUCAUUAGAGGAUAUGAGCUUUGUGUCUCAUAUUUAUAGGAAAAGGGAUUAAUACAAGAAAGCCUAAAGAACUAAGAGAUACAAGGAAUGACAGUUGUACAAGAAACUAACUAACUAAGUUUGUUAUAAGCUAACAACCUAACAAACUAAAUAAUAGAAACAGGAACAACUUCACACUUGGGCACGUGAGGAACAACUUCUUCUUAGUCUUUGGACAAGCUUCCUUGGACCCUUGAGAUAACCUACAAACACAAAACAAACAAAGCUACUGAUAUAAUAGAAAUUAACCAUGAUUAUCUUUUAUAUCCCCCCUCAAACUAGGAGGGGGAUCACUCACUCCUAGUUUGGAUACAAGCUCUUUGAAGUAAGCAGAGGGCGGGAUUUUUGUUAGCACAUCUGCCAAUUGAUGUUUUUGUAGGUAAAUAGGACAACUGUAUAAGCCCUUCCAAGACUUUGUCUCUUAUAAAGUGGCAAUCAAUUUCAAUGUGUCUUGUCCUAUCAUGGAAGACGGGGUUUUUUGCGAUGUAUAUGGCAGACUAAAUAUCACAAUGUAAAGUAACUGGCUCAAGUUUUUCUACCCCAAUCUCCUUUAGCAGCCUAACCACUCAGGUCACCUCUAAUGCAGCAGUUGCCAUUGCCCUAUACUCAGCAUCUACACUGGAUCUUGACACAGUUGGUUGCUUCUUUGAUUUUCAGCUAAUAGGAGAAUUUCCUAGCAACACCAAAUAUCCAGACAUAGACCUUCUAGUUGUGGACAUGCCCCCCAGUCUAAGUCAGUGUAGGCUUGGAGUAUAAGUUUAUCAUUCCCUUUAAGAUGAUGCCUUGUCCACAAGUGGAAUAGAUGUAGUUUAGGGUAUGUAGUAAGGCCUACCAAUGUGGGGUUCUAGGGGAUUGCAUAAACUGGCUUAAUGUUUGAACAGUAAAAGCAAUGUCAGGCCUUGUAUUAGUUAGAAAAUUCAACAUCCCAACUAAACCUCUAUAUUUUUCAGCAUCUAACAAAGGCUCUCCUUCAUGAGAAUUCAACUUUAGGUUUAAAGGUAAUGGUGUAACAGCCUUCUUAAACUUAGUGAUGCCACUGUCAUUCAAUAACUUUUCAGUGUACUUUUGUUGCAUAAGAGUCAUCCCUUAAGGACUAUAGCUGAUUUCUAUACCUAAAAAGAAGUGGAGCUGACCAAGAUCUUUAUAGUGUAGGCCUUGUGCAGAUGCUACUUAAGUUGAACAAUUUCAUUUUUAUGAUUCCCCGUUAUCAAGAUAUCAUCUACAUAACUUCUAUAAUAGUGAUGAACUUGUCUUGUCUCUUACUGAAUAGAGAAUAGUCGUUUUUGGACUGUAUAAAACUUAAGAAACAUAAUUCAUCAGCAAGCUUUGCAUGCCAUUGUCUAGAGGCCUGUUUUAGGCCAUAUAAAGAUUUCUUCAGUAGGCAAACUUUAUUCUCAGGGUUUGGUAGGCCUUGAGGCAUAUUCAUAUACACUUCCUCAUAUAGGUCUCUAUGUAGGAAGGCAUUAUUGACAUUCAAUUGAUGUACAAUCCAGUUAUAACUGGCUGCUACUGCAAGGAUGCACCUUAUGGUAGUCAUUUUGACUACAGGGGAAAAUGUCUCCUGAUAAUCUAUCCCUUGUUUUUGAUUAAAUCCUUUUGUCACUAGUCUAGCCUUAAACCUUUUUAAGAAGCCAUUAGAUUUUAGUUUAACCUUGUAGACCCACUUGUUGCCAAUUGGUUUUUUACCAUAAGGUAAGGAAACAACAUCCCAUGUGUGGUUGUCAGAGAGAGCCUUUAACUCUUUAUUCAUGGCACCUAUCCAUUGAGGAUUGUAGCAUGCUUCCUCAUAAGUUUGGUUCAAUGUAUUUAUAAUGAGAUUGAGCAAUCUGUUUAUGUGCACUUGAUAAAGCAUGAAAUUGGAUUGAAUUACACCAAUGUGUGCUUUUAGUGGAGUUACACAUAUAAUCUUCAAGAUACUCAGGUUUCUUUUUAAUUCUUUCAGGCCUGUUGGGUCUGUGAGGAUUAUCAGUCUUUUCAUCCUCAAUUCUCACAUAUGGGAGCUCAGGAUCAUCAUCAUGUCAUGGUUUUUCACUUAUAGACCUCAGUUCUUCUUCUUUGUCAAUGUUUAAAGGAUCAUGUGUUUCCUUUUGCAGUCUUAGUCUCAGUAUUAUUCAUAUGAAUAUUAUCUUCGAACAAACAAAUUCCCAAUAUGUGUUUGAUCCUUGUCAUCAAACCUAUAUGGAAAACACUUUUCAUAGAAGCUUACAUCUCUUGACUCAAGGGUAAGUUUAGUUUAAGAUUAUAUAACCUAUAACCUUUCUGAUUCAAAGAGUAUCCUAUGAAUGUACAAGGGUCUGCCCUGGGAACUAGUUUGUGUCUAUCCCUUUGAGUGUUGAUACAAAACAUAAGCAACCAAACACUCUUAAAAGACUCAUAUGAAGGCUUGGUCCCAUACAAUUUUUCAUAGGGUGUAAUAUUAUUCAAAGGAACUAGAGGCAUCCUAUUCAUAAUGUGUGCUGCACUAAGAACAAAAUCACCCCAAAACAUUAAGGGUACUUUUGAUUGGUGAUAAAGUGUUCUUGCAAUUUCCGAUAGAUGCUUGUGCUUGCGUUCCACUACCCGAUUCUGUUGUGGGGUCUCAGUGCAACUAGUUUAAAAAAGAAUGCCUUUGCUCUUGUAAAAUUCCAAGACGUCUCCCUUACUCAAUUCUUGUGCAUUGUCUGUCCUAUAACUAUUACAAUCAGUUUUCCAAAUUGAGUUUGGACUGACAAGUAGAAUUUUUUGAAAAUGUCAAAGAAAUCACUCUUAUUUUUGAUGAAUGUCACCCAUGUGGAUCUUGAAAAAUUAUCAACAAUAGUGCAAAACAUAUUGCAUUUUAAUCUUUUGGGAACUUGAUAAGACCUCAGAGAUCUAUGUGUAUCAUUUGAAAGAUAUCACUAGUCUUUAUGAAACUAUUUGGAAACAAUUUUCUUGUUUGCUUACUCAAAGGGCAUAUAGUACAUACAAAUUCAUGAUCAAUCUUAUUACAUUGUAACUCAUGAAAAACAAGAUGUAACCUAUUAAAAGGUAUAUGUCCUAGCCUUAAGUGCCAUAUCUUGGCAAGAUCAGUGUUGUUGCAACUUCCUGACUGUAGGCAGGCAUUGUAAGAGUGUAAGCUUUUACUCUCUGACAGAGAUGUGAACAUAGACAAAAGCUUUCCCCAUUAGGUGUGUUUGUCAAAACGUGCAGGUAUCAAUUUGUCUUCAAGGUAAUAGAGAUUAUUUCUCAAGUUACCAAGAAGCAAAGGCCUCAUCAAAAACCCCUACAUGACACACAUGUUAGUAAUGAAGCUAAUUUUGACAUUUUGAUCCUGGCAUAAUUUGUAUAUAGAGAUCAAGUUGUAUUGAAAUCCUGGUACAUAAAGUACUUUAUUCAAUUUCAAGCCAUUACCAAGUUCAAUAGUUCCUAUGUAUUUAAUCAGAACAUGAGAACCAUCAGGUAUAACUAUAGUAAAUUGCUUGUUAAUAUGACUAUAGUGUUUGAAAAUGUUAAUAUCACAACAAAUAUGGUCUGUUGUUCCGCUAUCAAGAAUCCAAACAGGUUUUAAAGAACACUGACCUUCAGAGUGUGCAGAGGCAGCAAUAGUAGAUUCUUUGUCCUCAGUUUUGUUGGACUGUGUGUUGAGCAGACUCAUGAGUUUGUCAUACUGCUUUUGGGUUAGCUUGGGUUCUGCAUUCUUUUCUGCACUUUGUGUGCUCACAUGUGUUGUGUUGGCCUUGUUGGGCCCAUCUUUUCUCCAGAUAUUAGGUCUAUAGUUUGCUGGGAACCCAUGAAUCUUCCAGCACCUCUCCAUACUAUGGCCAUGCACCUUGCAAUGCUCACAAAAAUGGCUACCCUUUUUGUUCUGCACAUUCUUUGCCUUGUCAACAAAUUUUCUCUUUUCAAGUCUACAAGCAUCAUGUGUUUCUAAGUCUUCAUACAAGGUUGUCUUACUCAAUUCUUGAUGGGUUUGCUCUUGCAUCAAGAUUCUAUAAGCCUUUGCUGCACUUGGUAAUUCUUUCAUCGAUAGAAUGUUACUCCUAAUGUGCUGAUAUUUUGGAUUCAGUUUCAUUAGAAACUCUAUGAGUCUUCUACCUUGCUGGAUCUUUACAAUCUUUUUUCGUAUAUCACGCGUGCACUCAAAACAGGUACAAGUGGGUGCUGGAUAAAGAUUGUCCAGUUCAUCCCAUAGUCCCUUCAUUUUAACGAAGAAAGUUUCAACAGUCUCAUCUGAGGAUUGCACAACUUUACUAAUCUUUUCUUGAACAGAAAACAAUUGUGCACAUGAAGUUUGCCCAUACCUUUCCUCAAGUUCAUCCGAAAUCUCCUUGGCAGUCUUUAACCAUUGUAAUGUGUUAGCUAUAAAGAAUCUAACCAAUCACAACAUUGUUAACCCUAUCCCAAGCUUUUCCAUUAAUGGCAUUUGUUGUCGACCUUUUUAUGGUGCCAUUGACAAACCCCAAUUUGUUCUUGUCUUAUAAAGCAAUAACCAUUGCCCUUUUCUAGUCUUUAAACCCAACCCCAUUAAAGAUUUUGGUAAUGAUUCUUUGGCCUAAAUCAAUGAGAUGCAAGAAGUAUACACUAGAUUUGUUGUGGGAUCAGCAUUCUUCGAGGGAAUGGUCUAACCAUGAUAGCUAACAGUAGAAAGCAAGGAGGGAGACAGAGGUAUGGCAAACAGGAUAUAAGGAGGAAAUCAGAAGCUAUCCUGCUCUGAUAUCAUGUAAGAUGUAACAAUGAAAAAUAACAGAGACUUGUAUUACAAGAAAUUGAAUUGUAAUUCAUUACAGGAUAUGAGCUUUGUGUCUCAUAUUUAUAGGAAAAGGGAUUAAUACAAGAAAGCCUAAAGAACUAAGAGAUACAAGGAAUGACAGUUGUACAAGAAACUAACCAAGUUUGUUAUAAGCUAACCUAACAAACUAAAUAACAGAAACAGGAACAACUUCAUACUUGAGCACGUGAGGAACAACUUCUUCUUAGUCUUUGGACAAGCUUCCUUGGACCCUUGAGAUAACCUACAAACACAAAACAAGGUACUGAUAUAAUAGAAAUUAACCAUGAUUAUCUUUAAUAUUCAGUGUGUAUGAAAUGCUCAAUGUUACUCGAACUCUUCAUUUAGCUUCACGUAUCCAUGUUCGAUCCUUGAUGCUCGGACGUUGUCAUGACACUUAAACUCUUCAAUUUAGGCAUAGAAUUGAAUAUAUAAACGUAUUCAGCACUCGACACUUGGUCAUAUACCAAUAUUUAAAAUCGUACCUGAGUCCAAGCAACAUAGGAAAUGCUUUAUUAUGGUUUCAUCAUGGUGUUUGAGUGGCCUAGAAGCUUCUCUUCAGUAGGAUUCCUCGGUAAAACCUAGAAGGCCUUAGGAUGACGGAGUUUGCAUUUUGUGUGGAUUCAUUUGUUGAAUGUGAUUAGGAUAUUGAACCUUUAAUUGAAUUAGCUACUGUGGUUGAGUCUGAUGCUCAGAAAUCGACCUUCCUAAAUCUAGGUCCCAAGUUGUAUGCAUGUAUAUUGCCCAAGUCUAGAAGCAGUGGUUCUCUUGCUUGUAAUCAUACGAUUACCUGUAGCAAUAAAUUAAAGUUGUCAUUUACUUGGGUUCACUAUGUAUUCGAUCCUGUGCUUGCCGGUAUAUUCGUGGGAGUUGUAGGUUUGAGAUUUUUGUUGCUCGCAUCGCUCACCAUAUUCCUUUCUCGCAUACAUCAAUCUUCGAAAGCAUUCGUUAACUCUUGUGCAAUUCUUAUCCACUAUUGUUAUAAUCUUAAACGACAAAUAUUAAAUUUCAAAAUUUUAAUCUAAAAAAUUGGAGAAUUUUGUUUUAAAUUUUCAUGGAUGAAUUGAUAAGAUGGGUGUUUGCCGAUGACAACCAUAAGCUACAAUGCGUAGUUGGUGUUUGAUUCUAGAAAAUGGUGGAUUUUAAAUGGAAGCGUCAAGGUUGAUUGAGGAAUGGAUUAUCAGAAAGAUGAAAAGGUAUUGAAUAUUAUUUGCUAAAGGUGCGCAAAUAAUUCAUUAUUAUUAGCGUGUGAGAAAUGAUUUUUGUCUCUUAAUUUUUUUUUUUAAAGAAUUAUUGUGGGAAAUUGAUGGGUUUAAAGUUU